AUGGCUUGGGAUUUAAACACAGCUGCCUGGCUUUAUCCUUUGCGCGUAGCCUUCCUCGCCAUUUUCCAAGGCGCCGGAGCAUGGGUCAGUGGUGCGUUCCUAGUUCUGGGUGAAGGAGCUGCCAUCGUUGCCGGACUAUUUGAGGCAUUCUUCGUCGAUGAGACGCUUGUGGAUAUUUUCGAUGCGGUGUUGGUGAGCGAGGGUCAAGGGGAGUUGGUCGCUGCUUCUCGCGUACUAUACCCGCAAGGCGACGAUGUCGUAAAGCGACUGGGCAAGCCGACGCAAAGUGCGGUCUACUCUCCUUUCUCUCUGCGGCAGAUUCUGGAGUUCAUCUUUCUUCUCCCGCUGAACUUCAUCCCUGUCGCCGGUACGCCUAUGUUUCUAAUCUUGACUGGCUACCGCGGCGGACCGUUUCACCACUGGCGGUACUUUCAGCUCUUGGACCUCACCAAACAACAGAGGAAAGAGAGAAUUCGGAAGCGGCAAUUGCAGUAUACGACAUUUGGGACGGUAGCAUUGGUCCUCCAGUUGGUCCCUGUGCUGUCCAUGUUCUUCUUGAUGUCGACCGCUGUCGGCGCGGCGAUGUGGGCGGUCGACAUUGAAAACCGACGACCCCUUCUGAGCGGACAGCCGGAAAGGGAAGUACUCUAUCAUGACAAUAAUGAUACCCUUGCAUGA